CGCGCACACACCGACACCCGCACACCGACGCGCGGUGACUGUGCGCCGCGUAUACAUGCAGAGCACCAGCGGCAGCAGCACCAGCAGGAGGUGUUCUCUCUGUUGCUCGGUGUGGUGGUGGUGGUGCUUCGUGUUCGGUUCGCGCGCGCCGACAGACGACACAUCUCCACGGCCGACGGACAGCGACGGACGCGGGCCCAGCCGGCGCGAAAUGGGCCGUGUUCUCUUGUAGCGAGACCGCCGCCGCCGCCGCCGAGUAGACGCCGCCGACCAGCGGGUUACUGCAGAGAAUGGCUAGUUUCAAGGAGUGGCCGUCGUUCUUGAUGGUAUUUUUGUUUGCGCACUUUGCUCAAUAUUGCUGCAAUCGACUUGAGGAUGAUGGGUGCAAUUAUAAUGGAAAUUCUCAACACAGAUGUAUUCCAAAAGUCAACUAUAGGCACAAAGAAAAAGAGGUUCUUGAUCAAAUUUUAGGUCCAGGAAGCUACGAUGCUAGGAUUCGUCCUUCAGGAGUUAAUGGCACAGGCGACUCUCCCUGCAUUGUGUUUGUCAACAUGUUGGUACGGUCCAUCAGCAGAAUUGAUGAUUACAAAAUGGAGUACAGUGUGCAACUGACGUUCCGCGAACAAUGGAUGGACGAGAGGCUAAAAUUUAACGAUUACAACGGUAAAAUGAAAUACUUAACUUUAACUGAAGCCAGCAGAGUGUGGAUGCCCGACUUGUUCUUUUCUAACGAGAAGGAAGGUCAUUUCCAUAAUAUAAUUAUGCCGAACGUGUAUAUCAGAAUAUUCCCUAAUGGAUUAGUGUUGUACAGUAUAAGAAUAUCACUUACUCUAUCAUGUCCAAUGAAUCUCAAAUUAUAUCCACUGGAUCGGCAAACGUGUUCACUCCGAAUGGUCAGCUAUGGUUGGACAACUGAUGAUUUAGUAUUUUUAUGGAAAGAAGGCGAUCCAGUGCAGGUGGUAAAAAAUUUACACUUGCCCAGAUUCACUUUAGAAAAAUUCCUCACGGAUUAUUGCAACAGCAAGACUAACACAGGGGAGUACAGCUGCCUGAAGGUGGACCUGCUGUUCAAGCGCGAGUUCAGUUACUACCUGAUCCAGAUCUACAUACCGUGCUGCAUGUUGGUCAUCGUGUCUUGGGUGUCGUUCUGGCUGGACCAGAGCGCAGUGCCGGCGCGCGUAUCGUUGGGAGUCACCACGCUGCUGACGAUGGCCACGCAGACGUCCGGCAUCAACGCGUCCCUGCCGCCCGUGUCCUACACCAAGGCCAUCGACGUGUGGACGGGCGUGUGCCUGACGUUCGUGUUCGGCGCCCUGCUCGAGUUCGCGCUGGUCAACUACGCGUCCCGGUCGGACACGCACCGGGACGACAUGAGCAAAAAGUGCGACCUGGAGCGCACCGUGUCCAUGGACGUCGGCGACUACGAGGACGGCCCGAAUUCGUUCAAUAUGGUGAGGUCGAAUAGUACGAAGCCGCUGAUGCGCCCCGAGCUGAUGAUGUCCCGGGACAAGAUGAGCCAGAUCAUCCACCAGGCGCCGCCGAUGGAGAAGAACUCGUGCUGGAAGUCGUGGAUGUCCAAGUUCCCGACCAGGUCCAAGCGCAUCGACGUCAUAUCCCGCAUACUGUUCCCGAUGGUGUUCGCCAUGUUCAACAUGUCCUACUGGUCAACGUAUCUGUUCCGCGAGGGCGUUGACGAGGACAAGUAAUUUAUUAUACAACGCCGAGUCGCCGCCACCACCGCCGUCGUUAUUAUUAUUAUUAUAUUAUUUUGAUAUUAUUAUUAUUAUUAUUGUCACCCGUCAAUUAUAAAUGACGCGCGUUUUGUGUAUAUUUGGAUUUCCGUUUUGCAUCAAACGAUUUCCAUUAUACGAUCUAUUUUGUUCGUUUAUUUUAUUAUUUGUCAUUAUUGUUAUUCUGUUCUAAUGGUUCAUCGAGUAUGUUUUUAUUUAUUUUUUUUUACACACGAAUCUCGUAGUUAUUGUGUAGCCAAAAUCUUCUCUCAACUUGAAGUGCAUUUACUCGCAUCGAUAUACAAUUAUUAUAAUUAAUAGUAAAAUCAACCAGAUCUCCCGAAAACUAUAAUAUAUGAUUAAUAAAAUAAUAUAAAUCGUGUCCACUCCACAUUAUUAUAUAUAUUGAUUACCAUCUCAAUCGAUAUUUUGUAAUUUUUUUCUACUCUCCAUGCUCAAUUUUACCUUUAAACGAAACCAUUUGAUUCAUUUGUUACACACCUGACAGAUACAAAGAGACAGGGUCCUUAUACGAAAUCUGUCGGGGAAAUCUGUUCGCGUGUCCGACGCGCACGAAUCGAUUCCAUCCAAAUUUAAUUUAUUGGAAGAGCAAGAGUUUUCUUACAUAUAAUAUACCAUGUUUAUACCUCAUCGUAGAAGUCAACACGAAACUCCGUCGGCAUUUUCCAUAACCCGUCGAAUUGCAACAUGCGCUGUCCGUUUCGUCAUUCCCAUUCGAGUUAAUUAAUUCAUUAAUUAAUUACAAACGCUCAAUGUCGUUUUUUUCUUCUGUUUUUCGUGUUUUUAGCCAUAUUUACUACCAUCAAGACGAUGAAGUAUCACAGCAAUUAAUAUAAUCCGUUUGCGUACGUAUCCCGAACAAUAUAAUAUGUAUAUGAGCCCUUUCCAGAUUAUACCGAUGAUUCAUAUGAGGUGCAAAAAUUGUAUAUACUGCGCCAUUCAAUAUUUGUUUUUCAUUGCAUUAAAGUUCAAUCUUUGUUUAAGCAAAAUUGCAAAUAUUAUAUUCUGUUAUAUUAUUACAACCAUAUUUAGUAAUUUUAUAGAAAUUAAUACAUGACUUAUACGGUUGUAGAUACGAUCUAAUGAGUCCAUAUAUGAUAUCAGAUAUUAAACAUCGUUCUCGGAUGUUAAUUACUCAUAUUUUAUGUGCAUACUAUAUUAUUUGUCAUCGAGACUGUAUCAUAUCCAUAUGCGCAAAGGCCACUGUGACGGCAUUAUAUGUAUGGUAAACAGUGUGUGAUGGAUAGUUCUGACCGAAAUCGCUGCCGGUUCGAUGACUUUAAAACCCGAUUAAUGUUUUUGUCUUAAAGUCAUUAAGCUACAGAUUAUUAAUGAAUUUGAUCGUUAACUUAAAAUCAUACGGGACUGGAAAAAAUAUAAGAAACACAAACCAAAAUAUAUCAAGUAUAAUUUUCCUUUAAUCGUAUAUUUCUAUUACUAAAUAAAAUGUGUUUUAAAAAUGUUCUAUUUUUCAUGACUUUUCAAACUUUUGUCGACGUUAUGAGUUUAUGACAUAUUUUACUGUUUUCGUUUAAACCAAAUUAAAUCAUUUUAUCAUUAUAUUCCAAGAAAAACUUCUCUCAUUUUUUUCGUAAUUCCACUAAAAUGUUCAAUUUAUUUGAAACAAUUAACAAUUAUUUAAUUCUUGUUUUCUUUCAUAUAUAUAUAUAUGUAUAUAUAUAUAUAAACCAAAUUCAGUUGACGAAAUCAAAGAUAAACAAACAACAACUGAUCAUCGUCUUUUUCCGUCCGCCAUUAACUUAUGUCCAUUUACACAAUCGCAUUUUCGUGGUCUAAUGGUCGUGGUUAAACUAUUUUUGGAAAAUAGAAACCUACACAUCGCUUACUUAUAUUAUAUAUAAGACACGCGCGUGUAUAGAACAAACGUCAUACGAUACAACAGCUAUAUCUAAUUCAUCUCACGUUGUCUUCGCGUAGCCCAUUUACGUCGGAUUAAAACUUUUCACGUCCCCUGGCAUAAUAUGCUGUACCGUUUAGUCUAAUAUAAUAUGAACACAUCCACCCCCGACCGAAGGUGUAUACUCAAUAGGAAUGUUAAAUCUAAAAUUAAGGUUUAUAUGUAUAUAUAUAUAUAUAUAUAUUAUACACAAUUUAUAUAAUUUACUCGAUAAGAUAAUAUUAUUAAUUUGUGUUGUUUAACACAUAUUACGCUAUAUCAUAAUGUAUAAUGUGAAUAUAAGUUGCCAGUAAAGAAUGCUUAAAAUGUGAUUUUUUUAAUAUCAAUACCUGGUUCACUAAACUAUGCAAUAGUCUUGUACUCGUUAGGUGAAACAAGUAUACCUGACCAUUGAGAUGAACUGCGUAGGUAUUACGCAUUAUUACGAUUGAUUUCAAAAAUCUCAUUUAAUAAUUUAAAUCAGUAAUCACUAAAUGAUAUAUAUUUAAUAAUAAGUAUUAUAUCAUAUAAUCAUUUACAUUACUGUAAAAAAGAAAAUAACUAAAAGUCUGACAUCUUACUUUGACUAUUUUUGUUUGUUUCGAUCAUGUAUGAAAUUAUUUCAUUUCUAUGACCUAUAAUAAAAAGUAUGUAGUAUGCACACAAAUUAAGAUCUGUUACAAAUAUUUAGAAAAACAUUUAAAAUGUAUUUGCUAUUAUGUAAUCUGAGUAAUUCACAAAAGAGCAACUUUUUAAAUAUAAUAUACUAAAAAUAUAACAGCUUAUAAAAUUUUCAAAAAACCUAAAAACCAACCAGUUUUAUGAUUAUUGUCAAUAUGGUUUCAAUAAUACAAUAAUAUAUAAAGUUAGUCAUUACGGAUAGUGAAUAACAUAAAAAGUAUCCGACCUAACAGAAAAUGUCUUUAGAAUAGUUUUUAAUUUAAAUCAAUUUACUGUUCUUGUACCCAUCUAAUUAACGUUUCCAUUUUCCACCUAUUAUGUUCAUGUAUCUAUAAUAUUUUAUAGAAUUAUCUUUUCGAUAUUAUCGUUGCCAAUUUCCAGUAACAGCAGAUAUAGAUGUAAUAGGUAAACGAACGGAAAAUUUUUUCUAUUGAUUUAAAUUUUAAAACCUCAUUAUUGAAACCUAUAAUGUAGGUUCGCGCGCUCCAUUCAUUAUGUACCUAGAUAUAGGCGCCAUUAGUCAUAAUUACAAUUUAAAAAUAAAUAAAUAUUAAAUCUUAAAAAUAAAUAAAUAUUAAAUCUUCGUGAUGGAAAAUUCCACGUUAAGUGUGAGCACCAUACACGGAAAAUAUUUUUGCACAAUGUAAAUUAAUGUAAAGUUAAGUUUUUAAGUAAGGUGUCAAUGAUUUUUAAAAGUAAAAAAAAAACUGUCAUUUAAUCCUACUGCCGAGAUACUUUAUGGUUUUAUAACCACACAUUAAAGUAAUCGUGAAGGAUAAUCGAUUAUUAAUUAAUUGACAGCAUUAUAAACGAUUAGUGUACUUCGUAAGUUUGUUUAAAAUUCUUAUGUUUUUAUUGUUUUUUUUUUUAUUGAUUGGAUUUAUUAUUUGUUAUAAUGUUAGUAUUGAGUUAGGUACGUUAUUGUGGUUAAGAUUUCUGAAAUCUGGCUAGAGUGUUAAAAUCAAAAUCAUUUUAUUAUAAAAAAGCAUUUUUUACGGUUUAGUAAUGGUGCUUUCUAUAAUCAAGUCAAAGCGUAAAAUGUUUUUUAACAUUGUUAAGUAUUUAUGAAAAAAAAAAUAGGAAAGUAAAUUUUAAUGUAAUAAAAUAUAUAAUAAUAUUAAAUGUAUUGUAUUACAAAUAACAACUAUAAACGACUAUCACAUUAUUGUUGUCCAAAAUAUGAACAUGUAUAAAUCGAAAUCAAUACUAAUUAUAUGUUAUUACUAGACGUACGAGUGAUAACAAGUUUUAAUAUAAUAUAUAUAUUAUAUUUAUAUGUGUUAGUGUAUAAGGUUGUAUAAGAUUUUAUUGAAUUACAAUUUUUAAUAUUAUAGAUGUUGAAAAAAUUCUCUUGAAAAAUAAAAUAUGUGUAAAAAAAUCGACAA